AUGAUAGUAACUUCCAGCUUCAGUCGCGAGAUGGGCGAGGGUGGGCGGGUGGUGGGCGGCCCCCGGGUGCCCACCCUGGGCCUGCCCGACCACACUGCCUCCCCCGCCUACAAGGGCGGCGUGGGCAGCGCCUUCGACCACAACAAGAACACUCUGGGCGAGAAGGAGGUGGGCGGGGUGGGUAUGGGACACCAGCUGCAGCCCUUCACCGCCCCCUGGCUGGCUCAGGUGGCUCACAUCACGCCCGCGCCGCACACGGACCACCUGCAGUACCCGCAGCCGCCCACGCCCACACUCACGGACUACUACCCACACUACCCUGGGCUCCACCGACCCACGGGGUACUACCCACACCACUUUCUACCCCCAGGAGCAGCUACCCACUUCCUCAGGGAGUACCCACGCCAUGGGCACCGCCCAUACCCGCCCCUGGAGCGACCCACGCCUGUGGUGAGAGCCUUGGGACCCCCGGCUCUCAGAGGACUGAUUGAAAGGGACCCCAUGUUGCCCCAGGGGAAGGUGAGGUCCAGGCCCCCUGAUCUGACGCUACCCACCAGCCCUAGGGGCCCCCCAGGGGAACCCUCCCCUAGGGCUUUACCUGGGGAACCCUCCCCAAGAGUCCCCCAAGGGGAUCCUUCACCUAGGGGCCAGGGGAAGCCUCUUCUAGGGGCCCCCCAGGGGACCCCUCACCUAGGGGCCCAGGAGAACCUUCCCCUAGGGGCCCCCAUGGGGAACCCAGCCCUAAACGCCGCCCAGGGGCUGAACGCCCCCAGAGCGGCCCAUAGACCUACCCCAACCGCCCCGGCGGCCUCCCCCAGGGACACGAGCCCCCAGGACUCACGCCCACCCUCGCCCUACCACGCCCACUUCGCCAGGGGUGCGCUGGUGACCGUAGGCGUGGGCGUGAGGAGGGUGGAGGAGCUUGAGACUGAGGACUUCCUGGAGGCAGCGCAGGCGGCCCAGGACCUGAUGCUGGACCCUUCUACCGUAGCUGCUAUCAACACUUCCGUCUCCAGACCAGGAGCUACGAGCAUCACCUUCACCUUCCCUUCAAGGAGCACUCAGGUAUCCGUGGAGGCUUCACUGGACCAUCCCUUCUUUGUCUUCCACUCUGGCUGGUCCUCCUGCAGCCCAGAACUCACACAUAAGAAGUAUGACCUCAAAGUACGUCAGUUACAAGUUGGUGACGUGUGUGUCUCUCUCACCAAGAAGUCUCCUGAGGCUGACCCACCCACACCCACCCUGCCACCCCCGGCACCCACCCUGCCACCGGCAGCACCCACCCUGCCACCGGCAGCUCCCACCCUGCCACCGGCGGCGCCCACCCUGCCACCUCCGCUGCCCGCUUCGACCAUCCAACUACCAGCUCCCACCACUGAAAUAUCCAGCCGGGUUACUGCUACUAUCACCACCACGGCCGAUAGUGCCACCCCCGGCUCCACCAGUGUUAAGGAUGACCCACUGCUGUCCUUUCUAGGUGGGACCUCCAACGUGUGGAGUAAACCAGCGGCUUCCAGGACGACCGAAAGACAACAUUCCAGUGAUGAGGCACAGAAGGAAGAGAAGGAGUGUGGCCGCAAGCGACGCUGGUCUGACCCAGGACAAGCAACGUGACAGUUUACAGUACCGCAAGUAACACUGGUCUGACCCAGGACAAGCAGCAUGACAGUUUACAGUACCGCAAGUAACACUGGUCUGACCCAGGACAAGCAGCAUGACAGUUUACAGUACCACAAGUAACACUGGUCUGACCCAGGACAAGCAGCAUGACAGUUUACAGUACCGCAAGUAACACUGGUCUGGCCCAGGACAAGCAGCAUGACAGUUUGCAGUACCGCAAGUAACACUGGUCUGACCCAGGACAAGCAACAUUGCUCUGACCCUGAACAAGCAACACUGCUCUGACCCAGAAUAAGCACCACAACUCUGACCCAGGACAAGCGACACUGCUCUGAACUUACACAAGUAACAUAACAGUGUUGAACACUACAAGCAACACUGCUCUGACCCAGAACAAGCAAUACUGCUCUGACCCAGAACAAGCAACACUGCUCUGAACUUACACAAGCAACAUAAUAUUGAACACUACAAGCACCAAUGUUCUGACCCAGAACAAGCACCACUCACUGAACCUUACACAAGCAACACAACAGUGUUGAGCACUACAAGCUUCACCAUUAUCUUGGAGACUGUCAGCGUAUAUACACUUGGAAGUGCGUCUCGGUAGACAUAUCGAGAGUAUAAUUAAACUUUUCUUUCACGUAUUACAAUAAUUUUUGACUGGUUGUUUGCAGGUGACAGUCAGCCUUAAUGACCCUCGUGUAGUAGAUAGAUUUGAAGCCUAACCAACCCACCAACCACACGUCGUUCAAGUUACGCUACCCGAAGGUGGGUUAGUUGUGAAUUGUUACGAGAAUAAUAUUUUGUGUUUGUGAUGUGUUCCAGCCACGAUAUUGUAGAUUGUUUUUAAAUUGUUCUUGCCACGAUUUUGUGGGUUAGUUGUGAAUUGUUCCAGCCACUGUAUUGUGGCUUAGGUGUGAAUUGUUCCAGCCGUAGUACUGUGGCUUAGGUGUGAAUUGUUCCAGUCAUGGUAUUGUGGCUUAGUUCUGAAAUUUUCCAGCCACGGUAUUGUGACUUAGUUUUGAAUUGUUCCAGCCACGGAAUUGUAGGUUAAUUGUGAAUUGACUACGUUCCUCAUAGAUACAAAAAAAAAUACACUGUUCCCUUCAUACUAUAAGCACAGUGUAUACAUAAUCUAAGUAUAGUGUAUACAUGCAACCUAAAAUGUAUAAUUUUUUUUUUGUACUGACGAUGUUAAUAUAUUGGUUAUUUGGGUUAAAUGUCGAAAUUCAAUUUUUUUUAUUCUAUUUCAGAUUGUUAUGUUCAUCAGCAAAAUUUUUGAAAAUUUUGGCUGAUGCUGCUAGUCUGCUAUGAGCCAGUCAGUGGUCAUCUGACCUCUCAUGUGACUGAGGUCUUCCUUAACUCUGUCUACUACACGAUAGAUUGGUAAUGGGGUUUCAAGUCUGUCUACUACACGAAGGUCAUUAAGGAUGCAUGAUACCUGUACACCAUCAGUCAAGGAUACUUUAAUACCUAAAAUAGUGAUUAAUGCGAACUACCAGUGUAUAUACACUGAGAUAUACACAUAUCAGUGUAUAUACACUGGCUUAUAUACACCUCUACGUGUAUAUACACUGAGAAAUAUACCCCUCAAGUGUAUUACAGAUACAGUGUAUGGCUUUUAUAACAUGUUACUGAAUUCACAUGGUAGAUAUUUGUCAGUCAUACUGGACGUGACCAAACAUUGUACACUGCUGGCACUACACGAGUUCCUUCUAUGACAUGGUAAAGCCAGUUGUUGACUCAGGAGAUGCUUAGUGUAGGGGAGGAGGUAGGUUAGGUUUAUUUAUUUGUUUAUUUAUUUUUUAUUUAUAAAUUUUAGCAUACAUACAGAGGUACAAAAAAAUACAGGUAAGAGCAGCAUGCCAAAGCCACUUAUAUGCAUAGCAUAGGUUUGUCAGGAAACAAGACAAGUGUUUCCUGAAGCGGAUUUUAGUCAUAUGAUGACCCACAGCUGAAGAUUUUGGUCAUCUGACCGAGGUCUUCCACUGGCUUACCCCGCACCAUUAUUAAAAAUUUACCUGCUUGUAGUCAAGGUGGUCCACUUGACUUGAUUGGGAAAUUAGUCAAUUUACUCUUUAGUAAGUUAACUUAGAUACAAUUUUGCAUAAUUUCUGGAUGAUUAUAAUAGUCUUACACAGUAAUAUGUGUGUUCAUUAUUGAGGAUAACACAUGAAAGUCAGAAAAAAAUAAUUUAUAUCUAGUGAUAUCCUUACCUGGGACCCUAUUUUUUAUAAUUUCAGCCUAUAACUGGGUAAAAUUAUUUCCCCGUGUGUACACUCAGUGUACACUGGUUUCAUGGUGACAAUCGGGAAGAAAUGGAGGAUAAGAAACGAGAAAGAUAUAGUGGCAGCAAGGUGAUUGGACAGGCUAAAUAAAAAGUGAGGUUUACUUUCCCUUAACAUUAACACUACAGACUGAGGUAAAGUGUGGCCCUAUAUACCAACUUCCCUCAAGGGAGGGUCCUUGAAACUGGUGAAGGGCUCUUGAAAUUGAUCUGUGCUCUGGUUCCCUGAAUUGAGCCUGAAUAUCUUCCAUCACCUGCACGUGCACUGUAUAACCCUACGGGUUUAGCGCUCCUCCAUGAUUAUAAUAAUAUAUACCAACUGGGGAAAUUGUGUAUGGACUGCCUCCUCGUGAGAUGCUCACCCUAGCAAAUACUGUUGACACGACACCCUCACAUUAGUAGUCUCAGUUUCACAAGUGGCUUGUAGGACACAUUUCCAUAUGCAAACUGAUCUUGCAAGAAAUUCCUAACUACAUGCAAAAACAAGUGUUUCCUUGUUUUUGGCGAAGAAUAUGCUACUAGAAAGCCCCCUGAUUCUACCAAAGCAAACCUAGGUACCUCUGGUCCCUCUCCAGGACACCACCUGCACUGAAGGACUUAACAUAAGAACAUAAAAAAAGAAGGAACACUGCAACAAUCCUACUGACCCAUGCGGAGCAGGUCCAUGCCACCACCACCCCCCCGGAUUAUCCCAAUGAUCCCCCCCCCAGAUUAGCCCAAUGACCCACCCAGUCUGGUCACCCACUCAAUGAAGGAGCACGGCACCAAACCCAGCAGCACAAGCUAGUCAGGUCCAACUCACUCCCACCCACACCCACUCAUGUAUUUAUUCCUGCAAGAAUUUAGAUGGUAUUAGUAUCCCCUGCCUGCACCUUAAAGAUCCCUGAAUUCAGUGGAUAUUCCCUCAGUAAUAUUUAUGUAGUAAGACACUAGCUUCUAGGCUAAUACUUAAGAUUAUUAUUAUAAUCAAGAGGGAAGCGCUAAACCCGGAGGAUUAUACAGUGACUCACGAAAUCGUAAUGACACGAUUGCAAACAAACCAUACCCCGGCCAGGAUUGAACCUGCGGUCAGAGAGUCUCAAAACUCCAGACCGUCGCGUUAGCCACUAGACCAGCUAGCCACAAUAAGAUUCGUCCAACUAGGUAUAUUUCUACACCAUAGGAAGGUUAGCACAGGCACCACUCUGACCACAAAUGCAAGUUUUUACAGACGAAUCUCCAGCUAGCGUGGCUGUGACGAACUCUAGCUCAAGUCCCUUCACUGUGGCAAGCUGGUCUAGUGGCUAACGCGACGGGCUGGAGUUUUGAGACUCUCUGACCACGGGUUCAAUUCCGGCCGGGGUAUGGUUUGGAUUAUACAGUGCCUGGGGGGGGGGAUGUGGAAGGCAUUCAGGCUUAAUUCGGGGAACUGGAGCACAGAUCCAAUUCCCUAAAUCAAGAGCCCCUCACCAACAUCAAGGAACCUUCCUUGAGGGGUAAUACUUAAGAGAAGAUGCCCACAAUCUUACCAGAUCUGUGGGUGUUCGCCCACUAAUAACCCGCAGUUCAAAUAACCCACGUUCCUCAGAAUAUUGCUGGCCAACUAUACUAAGAGAAGUGAAAGGUAUUGUCUUACUGAAGGGGCCUGAAUAGAGACAAAUAUCCUCAGUACUUUGGGAAACCUCUAUGUUUUUUAGUUCCACAGACCAAGUAUUUUGAAAACAUGUGAGGCACCGAGGUGUAGCUCUCAGUACCUAGUUAUCACCACGGUUUCUAGUCGAGAACAAUGUGCUGUCAUCUGUCUGACCCCCUCCUGCCUACAUUCAAGCAUGGGGUUGCUAGUUCACCUUAUCUAACCUAAUAUUCGCCUAUAUUAAGGUCUAAGCCUACCUAUAUUAAGGUUUAAGGCUACAUUAUUAAUUCUAAUAUUUGUUACUAACAGUAUAAACCUACCUAUACCUCCUUAAAGGGUAAAUCUAUAAAUUGGUAUGUACAAACUCAAUGCCUUCGCCAUCUAGUGCUUGUUUGGGUGGAUGAUAAUGGCUCCUAAAGCUUAUUUACAGUGAAUCCGUCCGUGGAAUUUCUUUGAGACCAAAUAAAUUUCCACACCAACACUAAGUGAAGUGUGGCCAUAUAUACCAACACCAGGUGAAAUGUGUAUACCUAGAGAGGAUUUCGGGGGUCAGCGCCCCCGUGGCCCAGUCUGAGACCGAGCCUUAUGGCGAAUCAGGGCCUGAUCAACCAGACUGUUGCUGUUGGCUGCAUGUAAAACCGACAUAGGAACCACAGCCUGGCUGAUCAGGUAUUGACUUUAGGUGCCUGUCAAGUGCCUUCUUGAAGACAGCCAGGAGUCUAUUGGUAAUCCCGGUUAUGUAUGCUGGGAGGCAGAUGAACAGUCUUGGGCCCCUGACACUUACUGUGUUGUCUCUUAGUAUACUCGUGGUGCCCCAGUUUUUCACUAUGGGGAUGAACUAUGGGAAGUGAUUUCUGUGUGUAGAUUUGGUAGUAAUCUAUCUAGGACUUUCCAAGUUUAUAUUAUCUGGAGACCUGGAGAGAGUUCCAGGGGUCAACGCCCCCACGGCCCGGUCUGUGACCAGGAGCCUGAUCAACCAGGCUGUUGCUGCUGGCUGCAUGCAAACCAACGUACGAGCCACAGCCCGGCUGGUCAGGAACCGACUUUAGGUGCUUGUCCAGUGCCAGCUUGAAGACUGCCAGGGGUCUGUUGGUAAUCCCCCUUAUGUAUGCUGGGAGGCAGUUGAACAGUCUCGGGCCCCUGACACUUAUUGUAUGGUCUCUUAACGUGCUAGUGACACCCCUGCUUUUCAUUAGGGGGAUGUUGCAUCAUCUGCCAAGUUUUUUGCUUUCGUAGUGAGCGAUUUUCGUGUGCAAGUUCGGUACUAGUCCCUCUAGGAUUUUCCAGGUGUAUAUAAUCAUGUAUCUCUCCCGCAUGCAUUCCAGGGAAUACAGGUUUAGGAACCUCAAGCGCUCCCAGUAAUUGAGGUGUUUUAUCUCCGUUAUGCGUGCCGUGAAGGUUCUCUGUACAUUUUCUAGGUCAGCAAUUUCACCUGCCUUGAAAGGUGCUGUUAGUGUACAGCAAUAUUCCAGCCUAGAUAGAACAAGUGACCUGAAGAGUGUCAUCAUGGGCUUGGCCUCCCUAGUUUUGAAGGUUCUCAUUAUCCAUCCUGUCAUUUUUCUAGCAGAUGCGAUUGAUACAAUGUUAUGGUCCUUGAAGGUGAGAUCCUCCGACAUGAUCACUCCCAGGUCUUUGACGUUGGUGUUUCACUCUAUUUUGUGGCCAGAAUUUGUUUUGUACUCUGAUGAAGAUUUAAUUUCCUCGUGUUUACCAUAUCUGAGUAAUUGAAAUUUCUCAUCGUUGAACUUCAUAUUGUUUUCUGAAGCCCACUGAAAGAUUUGGUUGAUGUCCGCCUGGAGCCUUGCAGUGUCUGCAAUGGAAGACACUGUCAUGCAGAUUUGGGUGUCAUCUGCAAAGGAAGACACGGUGCUGUGGCUGACAUCCUUGUCUAUGUCAGAUAUGAGGAUGAGGAACAAGAUGGGAGCAAGUACUGUGCCUUGUGGAACAGAGCUUUUCACCGUAGCUGCCUCGGACUUUACUCUGUUGACGACUACUCUCUGUGUUCUGUUAGUGAGGAAAUUAUAGAUCCAUCAACCGACUUUUCCUGUUAUUCCUUUAGCACGUAUUUUGUGCACUAUUACGCCAUGGUCACACUUGUCGAAGGCUUUUGCAAAGUCUGUAUAUAUUACAUCUGCAUUCUUUUUGUCUUCUAGUGCAUUUAGGACGUUGUCGUAGUGAUCCAAUAGUUGAGACAGACAGGAGCGACCUGUUCUAAACCCAUGUUGUCCUGGGUUGUGUAACUGAUGGGUUUCUAGAUGGGUGGUGAUCUUGCUUCUUAGGACCCUUUCAAAGAUUUUUAUGAUAUGGGAUGUUAGUGCUAUUGGUCUGUAGUUCUUUGCUGUUGCUUUACUGCCCCCUUUGUGGAGUGGGGCUAUGUCUGUUGUUUUUAGUAACUGUGGGACAACCCCCGUGUCCAUGCUCCCUCUCCAUAGGAUGGAAAAGGCUCGUGAUAGGGGCUUCUUGCAGUUCUUGAUGAACACUGAGUUCCAUGAGUCUGGCCCUGGGGCAGAGUGCAUGGGCAUGUCAUUUAUUGCCUGUUCCAAGUCAUUUGGCGUCAGGAUAACAUCGGAUAGGCUUGUGUUAAUCAAAUUUUGUGGCUCAUAAAAAAUUCAUUUUGAUCUUCGACUCUCAGUCUGGUUAGCGGCUUGCUAAAAACUGAGUCAUAUUGGGACUUGAGUAGCUCACUCAUUUCCUUGCUGUUAUUAUUAUUAUUAUUAUUACAAUCAAGGGGGAAGCGCUAAACCCGGAGGAUUAUACAGUGCCUGGGGGGGGAUGUGGAAGGCAUUCAGGCUUAAUUUGGGGAACUGGAGCACAGAUCCAAUUCCCUAAAUCAAGAGCCCCUCACCAACAUCAAGGAACCUUCCUUGAGGGGUUUUCCUUGCUGUCAUCUGUGUAGAACCCAUCUUGUUUAAGUAGGGGCCCAAUACUGGACAUUGUUCUCGACUUUGAUUUGGCAUAGGAGAAGAAAUACUUUGGGUUUCUUUCGAUUUCAUUUAUGGCUUUUAGUUCUUCCUGCGAUUCCUGACUCCUAUAAGAUUCCUUUAGCUUAAGUUCGAUGCUUGCUAUUUCUCUGACCAGUGUCUCCCUACGCAUUUCAGAUAUAUUGACCUCUUUUAGCCGCUCUGUUAUUCUUUUCCGUCACCUGUAAAGGGAGCGCCUGUCCCUUUCUAUUUUACAUCUACUCCUCCUUUUUCUUAGAGGAAUAAGCCUUGUGCAUACAUCGAGUGCCACCAAGUUAAUCUGUUCUAGGCAUAAGUUGGGGUCUGUGUUGCUUAGUAUAUCUUCCCAGCUUAUAUCGGUUAGGACUUGGUUUAUUUGGUCCCACUUUAUGUUUUUGUUAUUGAAGUUGAAUUUGGUGAAUGCUCCCUCGUGACUAGUCUCAUUAUGUCGGUCUGGGGCUCCACACAUACAUGUCUGAACCUCAAUUAUGUUGUGAUCUGAGUAUAUUGUUUUUGAUAUGGUGACAUUUCUUAUCAGAUCAUCAUUGUUAGUGAAGAUGAGGUCUAGUGUAUUCUCCAGUCUAGUAGGCUCUAUUAUUUGCUUGUUUAAAUUGAAUUUUGUGCAGAGAUUUAAAAGCUCGUGUGAGUGUGAGUUUUCAUCAGAGCUGCCUCCUGGUGGUAUCUUUCUUGCCUGUAUUUCUGAAAAUACAAGUCAAGGGAAUUCAACUGUUCUCAGUUAUUUAAAUGUUUUAUUAUACUUAUGUUUACCAUAAAGGCUCUCAGUACAUUCUCCAGGUCAGCAGUUUUGCCUGCUUUGAAAGAGGCCAUUAGUGUAUAGCAAUAUUCCAGCCUAGAGAGAACAAGCAAUUUGAAGAGAAUCAUUAUGGGCUUGGCAUCCCUAGUUUUGAAGGUUCUCAUUAUCUUUAUUAUUAUCACACUGGCCGAUUCCCACCAAGGCAGGGUGGCCCGAAAAAGAAAAACUUUCACCAUCAUUCACUCCAUCACUGUCUUGCCAGAAGGGUGCUUUACACUACAGUUUUUAAACUGCAACAUUAACACCCCUCCUUCAGAGUGCAGGCACUGUACUUCCCAUCUCCAGGACUCAAGUCCGGCCUGCCGGUUUCCCUGAAUCCCUUCAUAAAUGUUACUUUGCUCACACUCCAACAGCACGUCAAGUAUUAAAAACCAUUUGUCUCCAUUCACUCCU